CUCGGGAGGGGAGAGGUCACGGGCCUCCUGAGCCGGUGGGAUCCACCACCCUGCACGGGACAACGCGCAGAUCCCACGCUACCCCGCACACCCACUGCACAGCAGCAUGUUGCGCGCCACCGUGCUCGCCGCCGCCAGCCUCAGGCCCCGCCUGGGCCGCCGUUUCCUGUCCACUGCGGCCACCCAGACGGUGCCGGCCCCCAACCAGCAGCCCGAAGUCUUCUACAACCAGAUCUUCAUAAACAAUGAAUGGCACGACGCCGUCAGCAAGAAAACGUUCCCCACCAUCAAUCCCUCCACUGGAGAAGUCAUCUGUCAAGUAGCCGAAGGGGACAAGGAAGACGUGGACAGGGCAGUGAAGGCUGCCCGGGCCGCCUUCCAGCUGGGCUCGCCCUGGCGCCGCACUGACGCGUCUGAGAGGGGCCGGCUGCUGUACCGCCUGGCCGAUCUGAUUGAGCGGGACCGGACCUACCUGGCGGCCUUGGAGACCCUGGAUAACGGCAAGCCCUACAUCACCUCCUACCUGGUGGAUUUGGACAUGGUCCUCAAAUGUCUCCGGUAUUAUGCUGGCUGGGCCGAUAAGUACCAUGGGAAAACCAUUCCCAUUGAUGGGGACUUCUUCAGUUACACCUGCCAUGAACCUGUGGGUGUGUGUGGGCAGAUCAUCCCGUGGAACUUCCCGCUCUUGAUGCAAGCAUGGAAGCUGGGCCCAGCCUUGGCGACCGGAAAUGUGGUUGUGAUGAAGGUGGCUGAGCAGACUCCACUCACCGCCCUCUACGUGGCCAACUUGAUAAAGGAGGCUGGCUUUCCCCCUGGCGUGGUCAACAUCAUUCCUGGGUUUGGCCCCACGGCUGGGGCUGCCAUCGCCUCCCAUCCGGAUGUGGACAAAGUGGCCUUCACAGGCUCCACUGAGGUCGGCCACCAGAUCCAGGUUGCUGCGGGGAGCAGCAACCUCAAGAGAGUGACGCUGGAGCUGGGGGGCAAGAGCCCCAACAUCAUCAUGUCAGAUGCCGACAUGGACUGGGCCGUGGAGCAGGCCCACUUUGCCCUGUUCUUCAACCAGGGCCAGUGCUGCUGUGCAGGCUCCCGGAUCUUCGUGCAGGAGGACAUCUACGCCGAGUUUGUGGAGCGGAGCGUCGCCCGGGCCAAAUCUCGGGUGGUUGGGAACCCCUUUGACAGCCAGACUGAGCACGGGCCGCAGGUGGAUGAAACUCAGUUUAAGAGGAUCCUUGGCUACAUCAAGUCUGGGAAGGAGGAGGGGGCGAAGCUGCUGUGCGGCGGAGGGGUGGCUGCUGACCGUGGCUACUUCAUCCAGCCCACGGUGUUCGGAGACGUGCAGGAUCGCAUGACCAUCGCAAAGGAGGAGAUCUUCGGGCCAGUGAUGCAGAUCCUGAAGUUCAAGACCAUAGAGGAAGUCGUUGGGAGAGCUAACAAUUCCAAGUAUGGGCUGGCUGCAGCUGUCUUCACAAAGGACUUGGACAAGGCUAAUUAUCUGUCCCAGGCGCUCCAGGCUGGCACUGUGUGGGUCAACUGCUACAAUGUGUUCGGGGCCCAGGUGCCGUUUGGUGGCUACAAGAUGUCCGGGAACGGCCGGGAGCUGGGCGAGUACAGCCUGCAGUUGUACACCGAAGUGAAAACUGUCACGGUCAAAGUUCCUCAGAAGAACUCAUAAAGAACCACGCUGGCUAACAUUCAGCAAGAUCAACAACAAAACCAAGAAAAGUGGCCCUUUAAAAGUCUGGAAAGAAAUUCUCCCACAAAAUCUCUUGGAUCUAGAAAGUCCCAGAAUUUGAAUUCCUAUUGGGUGGGUGUGGGGCAAAGGGCAUAGGGAAAGCUUUUGAAACUGCAACAAUACUACCAGCUUCAGGGUGGUUUUUCAAAAGUAGCCUUAAAUGUCUCAUCCCAUCCAUCUGAUAUACUUUUGUAACUUACCUUUUUGAGGGAAGGAAAAGUCCUUGUUUACCACUAUAUUAGCAUUGAGGCUACAGUUAGCACCUUGUUUUGUAUUCUACACUAAAACUCAUUAAAAACAGUGCUACUCUUUA